GUGAUCGUAGACACCCCCACCAGCCCAGUCACUAGUGGCCUACCCCUGUUCUUCGUCAUCACUGUCACAGCCAUCAAACAGGUAAGAAACAGCAGCAAUGUCCCCUUUGACCUCACUGUCCCCCCCAUAGAUGUGGAAUUACUAGAACAGGCAUCCCCAUUCUCAGGGGCUUUUCACAUUCUAGUAACUCUACUUCUGUGGCCCCCACAUAGCCUCUCCAUGUAUCUCUUCACCACCUCUCUUCUCUCUAAAUUACUCCCUUUCCUUUAAAAGCAAAUUUUUUGGGGGGUGAAAUAUUGAAUCAUUGCAAAUGCUUUAUUGGUUUUGUCAUAGCCAAAGUAAUGCUGGCUUUGCGAUGCAAUGGCGAUUUUAAAAGUCGAAGGGGAAAGUUGUCUGGGAACUUGACCAAACGGUGAGAUAGUCGCUCGUAUAGAAACAAAUGAUCAGGGGAGUGUCUCAUUUCUGCUGAAGCGUGUCCCAUCUUUUAGAUGUAUUGUUUUAGGGAUUGGCUUUUCUGGUGGCCUGCUGCUAGGGCUUUUUGAAAUGCACAAUGGAGGGUGGACUUUUCAAAAAGAUAUAUGGGACACACUGAUAGCGGCUAGCGAUGCUGCUGCUGCCUUUAGCCAGGCUUUGAAGUGGGACACCUGGGGAGGCUCUGAAGACUGGGUUAGGUGAGCCCUGCAGUCAGUCCCUUACUAAAAGGACACUCAUCUCUCUCUCCUCCCUCCCUCUCUGUCCAUCCACCUACCACCCAUUAUUCCCUCCUUCUGUUUCCUCCCUGCAUCAUCCCUCCCUCUCUCUCUCUCUGGCAUCUUUCUUCCUCUAUCCCUCUUACCCCUGUUUCCCUGCCCUCUGGCAUUGACGAUCUGUUGACCCUCUCUUCAUUUCCCCUUUCACUUACCCUCUUCAUCUUCUGCCCUCCCCUCUCUUCCUCUCCCUCUUCUCUCUCCUCCACUCUUCUAUCUUUCUCUCCCUCUUCUCUCCCUCCCUCUCUCUUCUCUUCCCUUCCUCGCUCUUCUCUCCCUCUCUCUUCUCCCCCUCUUCCUUUCUCCCUCUUACUCCUCUCUCCUCCCCUCUCUUCUCCCCUCUCUUCCUCUCUCCCUCCGUCUCUCAGGGCUAUGAGGACUGGCUGCGGCACAAGGCAGAUAAUGAGGUGAAUAAGUACCUGGUGACGGUGCUGGAGGACGGCCGGAGAGCACGCAAGGAGAGCGAGAAGAUCAAGGUACCGUUUAGCAAGCUGCGCCUCGGCCAAGUUCCCUGGAAAUAAAUAUCCCCUUUGGGACACGGGGGUCGGGAGGGAGAGGUAGUUGGCAUCUUGGCAUGUUCUUGUAAGGCUGUACUGUACGGUAUGGUAAUCCCAAGUAGGUGAUGCAGAAUGGAGGAAGAUGAUGAUACAUUUUAGUCAAAACAUUAAGGACACCUGCUCUUUCCGUGACAGACUGACCAGGUGAAUCCAGAUGAAAGCUAUGAUCCCUUAUUGAUGUCACUUGUUACAUCUACUUCAAUCAGUGUAGAUGAAGGGGAGGAGACAGGUUAAAGAAGGAUUUUUAAGCCUUGAGACAAUUGAGACAUGGAUUGUGUAUGUGUGCCAUUCAGAGAGUGAAUGGGCAAGACAAAAUACACAAAAAUAAAGGAACACUAAAAUAACACAUCCUAGAUCUGAAUGAAUGAAAUAAUCUUAUUAAAUACUUUUUUCUUUACAUAGUUGAAUGUGCUGACAACAAAAUCACACAAAAGAUAUCAAUGGAAAUCAAAUGUAUCAACCCAUGGAGGUCUGGAUUUGGAGUCACCCUCAAAAUUAAAGUGGAAACCCACACUACAGGCUGAACCAACUUUGAUGUAAUGUCCUUAAAACAAGUCAAAAUGAGGCUCAGUAGUGUGUGUGGCCUCCACAUGCCUGUAUGACCUCCCUACAACGCCUGGGCAUGUUCCUGAUGAGGUGGCGGAUGGUCUCCUGAGGGAUCUCCUCCCAGACCUGGACUAAAGCAUCCGCCAACUCCUGGACAGUCUGUGGUGCAACGUGGCGUUGGUGGAUGGAGCGAGACAUGAUGUCCCAGAUGUGCUCAAUUGGAUUCAGGUCUGGGGAACGGGCGGGCCAGUCCAUAGCAUCAAUGCCUUCCUCUUGCAGGAACUGCUGACACACUCCAGCCACAUGAGGUCUAGCAUUGUCUUGCAUUAGGAGGAACCCAGGGCCAACCGCACCAGCAUAUGGUCUCACAAGGGGUCUGAGGAUCUCAUCUCGGUACCUAAUGGCAGUCAGGCUACCUCUGGCGAGCACAUGGAGGGCUGUGCGGCCCCCCAAAGAAAUGCCACCCCACACCAUGACUGACCCACCGCCAAACCGGUCAUGCUGGAGGAUGUUGCAGGCAGCAGAACGUUCUCCACGGCGUCUCCAGACUCUGUCACGUCCGUCACGUGCUCAGUGUGAACCUGCUUUCAUCUGUGAAGAGCACAGGGCGCCAGUGGCGAAUUUGCCAAUCUUGGUGUUCUCUGGCAAAUGCCACCUGUGGACGUCGGGCCCUCAUACCACCCUCAUUGAGUCUGUUUCUGACCGUUUGAGCAGACACAUGCACAUUUGUGGCCUGCUGGAGGUCAUUUUGCAGGGCUCUGGCAGUGCUCCUCCUUGCACAAAGGCGGAGGUAGCAGUCCUGCUGCUGGGUUGUUGCCCUCCUACGGCCUCCUCCACGUCUCCUGAUGUACUGGCCUGUCUCCUGGUAGCGCCUCCAUGCUCUGGACACUACGCUGACAGACACAGCAAACCUUCUUGCCACAGCUCGCAUUGAUGUGCCAUCCUGGAUGAGCUGCACUACCUGAGCCACUUGUGUGGGUUGUAGACUCCGUCUCAUGCUACCACUAGAGUGAAAGCACCGCCAGCAUUCAAAAGUGACCAAAACAUCAGCCAGGAAGCAUAGGAACUGAGAACUCGUCUGUGGUCACCACCUGCAAAACCAGUCCUUUAUUGGGGGUGUCUUGCUAAUUGCCUAUAAUUUCCACCUGUUGUCUAUUCCAUUUGCACAACAGCAUGUGAAAUGUAUUGUCAAUCAGUGUUGCUUCCUAAGUGGACAGUUCGAUUUCACAGAAGUGUGAUUGACUUGGAGUUACAUUGUGUUGUUUAAGUGUUCCCUUUAUUUUUUUGAGCAGUGUAUUUAAGUGCCUUUGAACGUGGUAUGGUAACAGGUGCCAGGUGCACUGGUUUGUGUCAAGAACUGCAAUGCUUCUGGGUUUUUUAUGCUCAACAGUUUCCCAUGUGUAUCAAAAAUGGUCCACUACCCAAAGGACAUCCAGCCAACUUGACACAACUGUGGGAAGCAUUGGAGUCAACAUGGGCCAGCAUCCCUGUGGAAUGCUUUUGACACCUUGUAGUCCGUGCCCCGACAAAUUGUGGCUGUUGAGGUGUUCUUAAUGUUUUGUACACUGUGUAGAUUCACAAUGCUUUGAUGUCGAACUUCAAUGUCCAAACCAAGCCCAAUCCCAAAUCGACCCCUAGUCCUCCCUGUGCACUUUUGGAAAUCUGAGAAGAUUUGACAGGUGUAAGCAAUUUGGUUACAGCUCCAACUUGCCAUCUGAUAGGCUAGGACGUGGACGUGUCACCAUUGCUUAUACCAAACAAAUCCUUUCAGAGAUCCACAAGAGCCUAGGGACUAUGGGUGGAUCUGUAUGGACCUGAUAUAUUCUGUUGUUCCUCUAGGUUGGUGAUGUGCUGGAGGUGGUGGAGGAUGAGACCUUUCCCUGUGACCUCAUCCUGCUGCAGUCCAGCCGGGAGGACGAGACCUGCUUUGUCACCACGGCCAGUCUGGACGGGGAGUCCAACCAUAAGGUGGAGUGCUGCUACUGUAACAGUAGAAUCACAGUGUCAUUGAGACGUAUCAUCAUGGCAGACGUGUGGUCUGUGGGGGCUAUGGCAUCGCUUUCAAUCUACCAUUACUCCCUUCCUCUCCAUCACUCUUCACUCAAAUCCAGCAACGGUGUGUGUGUGUGUGUGUGUGUGUGUGUGUGUUUGUGUCUGACUGCCUGUGUGUGUGUCUGCUUGUCUGUGUGUGUGCCUGCCUGUGUGUGCGCACGCAUGUGACUACGCAUGUGUAUGUAUCCUUAAGUGUGUUUUUAGAGCGCUGCAGUGAUGACCUGAAAUAUUUGGCACUCGCUCACUCUCUCUCUCCUCGAUCUGUCUCUCUUAGACACACUACACAGUGCCAGACACAGAGAAGAACCUAGAGUCUCUCAGCGCCACCAUCGAGUGCGAGCAGCCGCAGCCUGACCUCUACAAGUAGGCUAUUAGGCUAUGAAUCCUCCUCGCACAUUUCUUCCUUAGAGAUCUGAGUAGGAGUUCUGAUCUAGCAUCAGUCCCCCCCCACCCCACCCCGUUCAUACCAUUUUGAUCUAGAAGUUAAAACUGAUCGUAGACUGAUCGUUUGUGAAUCUGGUCCCUGGACCGUAAAAGCAUGUGCACACUGGUUUUACUUUAGGGUUUAGUCAGUUGAAUCAACUGUCAAUUAGGAUGACAUUUUAAUAGCUGCAGUGUCAUUACGUUGAGUGUUGGCAGGCUAUAAUCUUAAUAGAUCUAGCUCUCUGACAUAUUGUUAUGAGAGAUGUUAGACUGUUAGGAAACCUGAUUUGUGGAAGAGACUGGCCAGGAAUUUAAGGGAAAGUUCAGUUAGAUUUGGCCCAAGCUGAGGAACAGACCCAGUUGUUUGCACAGCUGUAUCCGCUCCGUAGACCUAGUGGUUUGGUGCCACCUAUGGGCAAGGAGCUGCCAUUACAGGACAGUUGGCCGCCAGACAUCAGUGACGUCCUAAUGAAGACGCCAGAUGCUGCUCCUUUUCACAAUCAAUAAAACAGAGUUGUGGUGCUGUCGGACAAACCACCAGUCAUUAGCUCGCUCUUAAUUGGUGCAGUCCCUGCAAAGUCCUGGUGGUCAGCAUAUGGUGUUGUGGUUUAGUUUUACGUCUGAUUAGUUCCUGUGCUGCUGCUGGUAUUAUUCAUCAGUGUCUGUUUCUUUUCUAAUAUCAGAAGAUAUUCACACUGACUUUUUCUAACCCAUUACACAGUUAAUUCAAUUCAGGUUCAUCGUGAGAUGCACAUCACAGGAGGCUGGUGGCACCUUAACUGGGGAGGUAAUGACUGGAGCGCAAUUGGUGGAAUGGUAUAAAAUACAUCAAACACAUGGUUUUCCUGGUGUUUGAUGCCAUUCCAUCCGUUCCGGACCUUAUUAUGAGCCGUCCUCCCCUCAGCAGCCUCCUGUGGUGUACAUGUAUGUUACCGUUAUUGGGUGGGGUAGUGCACUGAUGAGUGUCUGUGUCUAUAGAUUUGUGGGGCGAAUGCACAUCUACAGGAACGACCAGGAACCUGCUGUGAGGUAAGAGUGCUCACCACUCCCCUAUUGGUUCCUCUCAGCCCUACUUCCCCUUCCUCCUGUACAUCAGUCUUAAAAAAGAACUAAAAGCACAGUUGCUUAAGCAUUACCAUCAAAUCAUUAUUUCAUUGAUCCAUAACGCCAAACGAGCAUUAAAGUGAAGCUGGACCUGGCACAGACUCAGGGCAGCGCUUAGAAAGCGCUCUCGGAAGCAUUUGUCACCGGCCCGCUUAUAAAAAAUGUUUUGUGUCCUAUCCAUUGAGAGUAGUAGGCAUUUUAGAGAGUGCUAGUUUGCCACUAUAAGACAAGGGUACUGUCUUGGAGUUUUGGAAGGUUUGUGACAGUAUUUUCUCUGUGUGGGGUUCCUCAGAUCUUUGGGUCCAGAGAAUCUCCUCUUGAAAGGUGCUACCUUGAAGAAUACUCAGAAGAUAUAUGGUGAGUUACAGGACAUUGUUUAAUGCAAUUGAGGGUUUGAAUGAUCCUCAGUGCUGGUGUCAGCAUGUGAGACUAUCCUGACAUCUGUCUCUCUCUCUAUGUCUCUCCUCUAGGUGUGGCAGUUUACUCAGGCAUGGAGACCAAGAUGGCUCUGAACUACCAGGGGAAGUCCCAGAAGCGCUCUGCGGUGGAGAAGUAAGGGGGGUCGAAGAGAAUUACAGAAAAGGAGAAGCAGAUCAUUGAAUGAGGGGCUUUAAUUGGGGUUUAGCCAGAGGGGAACAACAAUCAAUUGAAUGACGCUGGGGUAGUUAAAGUCGAUUUAGGUGUCCAUUCACAUUGAUAUCAGAGGGAUAUAUAGAUAGUAGCUGUUUCACACAGUGGAUGUAUAUUUUCAGUGUUGCUAAUGGAAGAUUGGUUAUUACUCCUGUUUCAGGUCUAUCAAUUCCUUCCUGCUGGUGUACCUGUGUAUCCUGGUGAGCAAGGCCCUGGUGUGCACCACGCUCAAGUAUGUGUGGCAGAGCCGACCAGGCCAGGACGAGCCCUGGUACAACCAGAAGACGCAGAAGGAGAAAGAUACCAACCUGGUGAGGCCUUCACUCUGCUAACAAGACUUUACACAGAUGCUCAAAUACAGUAAAGCACCUUGUAACGCACACUCAAAUACAACUUAACACCUUAUGAGCCUAGUUCAUUGACCAAGAGUCACAGUACACCAAUUGCACUUAGCACUGCAUUAUCAGUGUGAGCCUGUUUUUUCUCAAAGGGCUCUGGAAGUGUAUUUUAACCCUGUGUUCCCUCCUCUCUCCCCCUAGUACCUGAAGAUGUUUACUGACUUCCUGUCGUUCAUGGUGCUGUUCAACUUCAUCAUCCCCGUGUCCAUGUACGUGACGGUGGAGAUGCAGAAGUUCCUGGGCUCCUUCUUCAUCACUUGGGACAAGGACUUCUUCGACCCUGAGAUCCAGGAAGGGGCUCUGGUCAACACCUCCGACCUCAACGAGGAGCUGGGACAGGUUGGGGAUUAAUGAUAUGAAGCUAGUGUUGAUAAGACCAUAACCACUUCCCCAAAGGAGAUUUCUUUGGUCAUGGUAACCCUAGUUUACAUGCCAGACUCCCACUGAAGUGUUGUUACAUACAUUUGGCCAGAUAUCCAGAUAUCCACCCUGUAUGAAUACUUUGAAAAGGCAUCCUAUGUACUGUAAUGUACCAUAAUUUUCAGACUAUAAGCCGGGCCUUUUUUCCCAUAUUUCGACCCUGCGGCUUAUAUAACGGUGCGGCUAAUCUAUGGAUUUUUACAGCUAACGGCCACUAGAAGACCUCCUAAAUCUAUGGAUUUUACAGGUUACAGUCCACCAACUUUAACUCUAUGGGCUCUAUGACCGGUCCGCGCCCCCCACCUUUAAGCGGCGGGCUCCAGCAGGAAAAGCUGGAGGCCGGAAAAGAGUGAGACAGGUAGCGCGCAAAAGUAAAAGUGGAACCAAGAGUGGUACGAGAGACAGAACGAGAGACCGAACGAGAGCAAGACAGACAGACAUCACGAGAGCGAGACAGUUUGUGCAAAGGAAGUUUUCAUGCACAAACCCUCAUUAUGGAAAACAAACGUAGAAAUGCAUAUGAUGCAGCUUUUAAGUUAAAGGCAGUCAAUCUGGCUGUAAAAUAAGGAAAUAGAGCUGCUGCACGUAGCCUUGGCAUCAAUGAGUCAAUGGUGAGACGUUGGAGACGCCAGCGGGAAGAACUGUCUCAAUGCAAAAAGUCAAAAAAAGCUUUCAUAUGGUAAUUAAACAUUAAAACACCUGCGGCUAAUAGUCCAGUGCGGCUUAUAUAUGUAUACAUCAUUCAAUUUAGCUGCUGCAGUUUAUACUCCGGUGCGCCUUAUAGUGCGGAAAAUACGGUACUUCAGUUACCCAGUCAUGUUAGAUCAGUGAUUACCUCAAGGGGAAGAGAUACAAACAAGGCCAUAGGUUUUGAUAGGCUGUGUUUACACAGGCAGCCCAAAUCGUAUUCCCCUCCCCCCACUAAUUUGUCUUUUAAAUAAUCAGAUCAGAUUUUUUGCCCAAUAAUUGGGCAAAAGAUCUGAAUUGUGCUGCCUGUGUAAACGCAGCCAUAGAGGUCCAGGGCCUCUUUUCUCUUAGCCCGAGUCUUUGGUGGAGUGAGAUGACCCAAAAUGAACAACAUACCUCAAAUUUCAGAAUAUGAAAUGGUCUAACUGGUCCUAAUAGGACUUGAUUGGCUGUGCCUUCCUGACUUCUUUUUACUGAACCUCCAACUCAAACAGUGGCGUCGUAGAUCAGUCACAUUCGGUUUGCCAGAUGAUUACUUCAAUUAAAGGUGACGAUUCAUUAAACUAGAUUUAUGCGUUGUAACUCUGUCAGGGAUUAAUUGCCCAUUAUUGUUCGCAGCCAUUAAUUGCGGCAAGUGUUUUUUUACAACCCUGGAAGAGAGUCUCAUGCUUGAUACGCACUAUAGGGCCAGACCCGAGCCGUACUGUGCUGGCUCAGAUGUUUUCCAUUCCAGCAUGGUAUCCAGGCCAGCCCAGUACAGCUUGGCUCGGCUCAAUAGUGUUUUGACGGGUAUUAGUCUGACCCUGCAGUUUCACCUUGUCUCCCCUAGGUGGAGUACGUGUUCACGGACAAGACGGGCACGCUGACCCAGAACAACAUGGAGUUCAUCGAGUGCUGCAUUGACGGCUUCCAGUACAAGUACGCCGACUCGGGCACCGAGCUAGACGGCUUCUGUGUCACAGAUGGACCCGUGAGCAUGCUGCAGCAGAAGGCUGGCAAGGUGGGUGACUGUCACCGACUGGUUAUCUGCCCCUUCAGGCAUUCCAGUCAGGCAUGCCAACAUAUUGGCAUCAGAUGGCCCAGUGUGCUGGUGGAACCACAGAGAUCACAUAUGAUAACAAGCGUCACACGUGUGUACUCUGGCCUGAUCACACGUAGUGUGCUACAUAACCGGUGACAGAUCCAGUGAGAUUAAUGGGGCCAGCAGUUUGUACUCGCGUCUGUUUUCCUCUGUGUGCUACCUGUGUCAUUGAAUCCCAUAGAGACGGAGGUUGUUAGGUACUAAUAAUGUUAGCUGUUACUAUGUCGUAGAAAAAACGUUUUGCAACAGAGAAAAAGUUCAGGUAGGUCCAUCCCCGUUUCGACCUGUUUGCAAUUGGUUCAUAGUGAAUACACCCCUGGUAAAUAGCACACUGUAAAAUAAGUAACGUGUGUGUGUUUUCAGGAGAAGGAGGAGCUGUUCCUGCGGGCUCUGUGUCUGUGCCACACGGUGCAGGUGAAGGAGUCUACGGGUCAGGGGGAGGGAGUAGGAGACGGUGUAGAGGAUCAGGUGGACGGUGUCCUAGGGCUGGACGGAGAGAUGGUCCACCCUGCAGACCUCAGGGGCUUCAUCGCCUCCUCACCCGACGAGGUGGCACUGGUCAAGGGAGCCAUGAAGUAAGGGACAAGGGCUGAGCGAUCAGUCAACUUUUAUUAAUCAAUCCAUCCAGCAAAAAAGCCAAUUCACUUUUAUAAGGGGACUUGGUUUGUUGAAUCAGUACUGCUCACUUGUCUUUGUCGCCAUUUACAGGUACGGUUUCACAUUCCUUGGUAUGGAGAGCAAGAACAUGAGAGUGAUGAACAGAAACAACGAUGUUGAGACGUAAGUCAUCGUAUAACAAGUUGUUAAAUACGUGAUUUUUAGUAGUCUUUUUUUUGGGGGGGGGGGGGGGGGUCGUAUAGAAAGUUCUCAUUUGUUGGGUUCACGUUGGCUUCUGAACUUGCAGGUACGAGCUGCUUCAUGUGUUGAACUUUGACCCGGUGCGAAGGCGUAUGAGUGUGAUAGUCCGAACCAAAUCAGGUAACGCUGCAAUUACCUCUCAUGUCACUGCCUUGUCUCUGUCCUGUGUUGACUCCUGUCCCUAAUCUGCCUGGCUGUGUUGGUUGCUCAGGGGACACCAUGCUGUUCUGUAAGGGGGCCGAUUCCUCCAUCUUCCCCCGUGUAAGGCAGGAGGAGGUGGACAGGAUACGCAUGCACGUGGAACGCAACGCUACGGUGGGUCACAGCAACCCCAUCUGCUUCACUAACUUAUGUUCAUACAAUGUGAAUAUAGUGUAUGUCUGUGCACUUAUGUCUCACGGUGCCCAGGGAGGCUGCCAUUUUGUUUGUGUGUUCAUUUAAGGUUCAUGUUCAAGGUUCAUGUUUAUUUGCAAUAUGUAAUAGGUACAUUGGAAAUGUAGUGUUCUCACAUUCAGAAACCACAUUAUAAACGGCGAGAAUGUGUUUGUGUGUGUGUGUGUUAACGUAUUCUGUGUGUUCGUGCUACGUGUCAGGAGGGCUACCGGACGCUGUGUGUGGCCUACAAGCUGCUGAGCAGUGAGGAGUAUGACCAGGCAGACGCAGGGCUGAGGGAAGCCAAGCUGGCCCUGCAGGACCGAGAAGAGAAACUCAUGGCUGUCUACAACCAGGUGGAGACUGGGAUGAGCCUGAUCGGAGCUACCGCCGUGGAGGACAGGUGGGUGGACACAGUCACGUCAAGGUUAACUCAAUCUGCGUCCCAAAUGGCACCCUAUUAACCAUAUAGUGCACUACCCAUAGGGCUCUGGUCAAAAGUAGUGCACUAAAUAGGGAAUAGGAGGCCAUUUGGGGCACAGCCUUUCUUUUAGAAGUGAACCAUAAUGUGUUGAGGUCAAAUCGUGUGUGUGCGUGAGUUGUAUAUAUGUUUUUCUACAAUAUGAACUCAGUCAUUCUGUCAAACAGACACAUGUGUUCACUGACUCUCUCACACUUUUUUAUUUUAUUUUUUAUUUAUUUCACCUUUAUUUAACCAGGUAAGACAGUUGAGAACAAGUUCUCAUUUACAACUGCGACCUGGCCAAGAUAAAGCAAAGCAGUGCGAUAAAAACAACAACACAGAGUUACAUAUGGGGUAAACAAAACAUAAAGUCAAAAAUACCACAGAAAAUACACUGCUCAAAAAAAUAAAGGGAACACUUAAACAACACAAUGUAACUCCAAGUCAAUCACACUUCUGUGAAAUCAAACUGUCCACUUAGGAAGCAACACUGAUUGUCAAUAAAUGUCACAUGCUGUUGUGCAAAUGGAAUAGACAACAGGUGGAAAUUAUAGGCAAUUAGCAAGACACCCCCAAUAAAGGACUGGUUUUGCAGGUGGUGACCACAGACCACUUCUCAGUUCCUAUGCUUCCUGGCUGAUGUUUUGGUCACUUUUGAAUGCUGGCGGUGCUUUCACUCUAGUGGUAGCAUGAGACGGAGUCUACAACCCACACAAGUGGCUCAGGUAGUGCAGCUCAUCCAGGAUGGCACAUCAAUGCGAGCUGUGGCAAGAAGGUUUGCUGUGUCUGUCAGCGUAGUGUCCAGAGCAUGGAGGCGCUACCAGGAGACAGGCCAGUACAUCAGGAGACGUGGUGGAGGCCGUAGGAGGGCAACAACCCAGCAGCAGGACUGCUACCUCCGCCUUUGUGCAAGGAAGGAGCAGGAGGAGCACUGCCAGAGCCCUGCAAAAUGACCUCCAGCAGGCCACAAAUGUGCAUGUGUCUGCUCAAAUGGUCAGAAACAGACUCCAUGAGGGUGGUAUGAGGGCCCGACGUCCACAGAUGGGGGUUACAGCCCAACACCCGUGCAGGACGUUUGGCAUUUGCCAGAGAACACCAAGAUUGGCAAAUUCGCCACUGGCGCCCUGUGCUCUUCACAGAUGAAAGCAGGUUCACACUGAGCACGUGACGGACGUGACAGAGUCUGGAGACGCCGUGGAGAACGUUCUGCUGCCUGCAACAUCCUCCAGCAUGACCGGUUUGGCGGUGGGUCAGUCAUGGUGUGGGGUGGCAUUUCUUUGGGGGGCCGCACAGCCCUCCAUGUGCUCGCCAGAGGUAGCCUGACUGCCAUUAGAUCCUCAGACCCCUUGUGAGACCAUAUGCUGGUUCCUCCUAAUGCAAGACAAUGCUAGACCUCAUGUGGCUGGAGUGUGUCAGCAGUUCCUGCAAGAGGAAGGUAUUGAUGCUAUGGACUGGCCCGCCCGUUCCCCAGACCUGAAUCCAAUUGAGCACAUCUGGGACAUCAUGUCUCGCUCCAUCCACCAACGCCACGUUGCACCACAGACUGUCCAGGAGUUGGCGGAUGCUUUAGUCCAGGUCUGGGAGGAGAUCCCUCAGGAGACCAUCCGCCACCUCAUCAGGAGCAUGCCCAGGCAUUGUAGGGAGGUCAUACAGGCACGUGGAGGCCACACACACUACUGAGCCUCAUUUUGACUUGUUUUAAGGACAUUACAUCAAAGUUGGAUCAGCCUGUAGUGUGGUUUUCCACUUUAAUUUUGAGGGUGACUCCAAAUCCAGACCUCCAUGGGUUGAUAAAUUUGAUUUCCAUUGAUAAUUUGUGUGUGAUUUUGUUGUCAGCACAUUCAACUAUGUAAAGAAAAAAGUAUUUAAUAAGAUUAUUUCAUUCAUUCAGAUCUAGGAUGUUAUUUUAGUGUUCCUUUUAUUUUUUUGAGCAGUGUAUAUAUACAGUGUGUGCAAAUGUAGCAAGUUAUGGAGGUAAGGCAAUAAAUAGGCCAUAGUGCAAAAUAUUUACUAAUUAGUAUUAACACUGGAAUGAUAGAUGUGCAAGAGGUGAUGUGCAAAUAGAGAUCCUGGGGUGCAAAUUAGCAAAAUAAAUAACAAUAUGGGGAUGAGGUAGUUGUGUGGGCUAAUUUCAGAAGGGCUGUGUACAGGUGCAGUGAUCGGUAAGGUGCUCUGACAACUGAUGCUUAAAGUUAGUGAGGGAGAUAAGUCUCCAGCUUCAGAGAUUUUUACAGUUCGUUCCAGUCAUUGGCAGCAGAGAACUGGAAGGAAUGGCGGCCAAAGGAGGUGUUGGCUUUGGGGAUGACCAGUGAGAUAUACCUGCUGGAGUGCAUACUACGGGUGGGUGGUGCUAUGGUGACCAAUGAGCUAAGAUAAGGCGGAGAUUUGCCUAGCAGUGAUUUAUAGAUGGCCUGGAGCCAGUGGGUUUGGUGACGAAUAUGUAGUGAGGACCAGCCAACAAGAGCGUACAGGUCACAGUGGUGGGUAGUAUAUGGGGCUUUGGUGACAAAACGGAUGGCACUGUGAUAGACUACAUCCAAUUUGCUGAGUAGAGUGUUGGAGGCUAUUUUGUAAAUGACAUCGCCGAUGUCAAGGAUCGGUAGGAUAGUCAGUUUUACGAGGGCAUGUUUGGCAGCAUGAGUGAAGGAGGCUUUGUUGUGAAAUAGGAAACCGAUUCUAGAUUUAACUUUGGAUUGGAGAUGCUUAAUGUGAGUCUGGAAUGUGAGUCACCGUCUCACUCACACACACACCGUCUCACUCACACCGUCUCACUCACACACAUACUUACACCGUCUCACUCACACACACACACCGUCUCACUCACACACACACACACCGUCUCACUCACACACACACACACCGUCUCACUCUCACACACACACACCGUCUCACUCACUCACUCACACACACACACACACACACACACACACCACCCUCUCACUCACUCACACACACACACACACACCGUCUCACUCACUCACACACACACACACACACACACACACACACCCUCUCACUCACUCACACACACACCCCGUCUCACUCACUCACACACACACACACACACACACACACACACACCGUCUCACUCACUCACACACACACACCGUCUCACACACACACACACACACACACACCGUCUCACUCACACACACCGUCUCACUCACACACGCACACACACACACACACACCGUCUCACUCACACACACACACUCGUCUCACUCACUCACACACACACACACACCGUCUCACUCUCACACACACACACCAUCACACACACACACCAUCACACACACACACCAUCUCACACACACACCAUCUCACACACACACACGCUGCCGCUCAGCUUUCUCUCUCAUCUGUUUGUCUCACUUACUCAUGACUCAUUCUCUCUGACACACCCCUUAUCACCCUUUCACUGCAAACUGCCUCAUCACUCCACCCCCCCCCCUCCCUCUUUCUCUUCCUCCCUCUGUCUCCAGGUUGCAGGAGGAGGCAGCAGAGACCAUGGAGGCCUUGCAGGGAGCAGGCAUGAAGGUGUGGGUGCUGACGGGGGACAAGAUGGAGACGGCCAAGUCCACGUGCUACGCCUGCCGGCUGUUCCAGAGAGGUACAGAGCUGCUGGAGCUGACGGUGCGAACCCUGGAUGACCCGGGGAGGAAGAGAGAUGAGCGCCUGCAUGAGCUGCUGCUAGACUACCACAAGAGGGCAGUGCAAGAUGCCCCACCGGUCAAGGCUGGGGUCACCAGGUCAGUACUUAGUCAAGGGUUGGAGGUUGAAAGGAGGCAGUCAUUUUAGUUAAUUUAUAUGUUGCUACUGUUGUUAGUAGUUGUUAGCUGUUGUUAACAAUUGGUAGUAAAUUAUGUUUUGAAUGAGAAUGUGUUGAAUUAUAAGUCUUACUCCUCUCCCAGAAUUCUAAUUGAUGAAGCGAACACAACUGCGUACUAGGACUGGAUUUGCGGUACAGUUUUGCUCUUGUUAGCGUUCUUGUGUCAAAUCUAAACCCGUCUCUGCAUUCUCUGUCCCUCCCAGGAGCUGGUCUUCAGCGAACCAGGACUACGGCUUCAUCAUAGAUGGAGCCACUCUGUCGUUGGUGCUUAACUCCUCUUCUGACUCCAACUCCAGCCGCUACAAGAGUCUCUUCCUCCAGAUCUGUCAGAACUGUACCACUGUCCUGUGCUGCCGUAUGGCUCCCCUACAGAAGGCCCAGGUGAGUGACGUCAGAAGCGCUUACUGAUAGAUGAAGUAGAUUAACUGUAGAUGGCUACAGUAGUUAAAGGCUAACCAGGUGUGACAGUUAAGGUCUCGCGCAAAGGUUAUUCACAUCCUCAAAAUCAUUCUGUAAUUUAACACAUUACACCUGGUAAUAAUAUUACAAAUGUCUGCAUCUGUGCAUUUCGUUUUGAAUGCAGAACCAAGUGGGAUUUAAUUCAAACUCUUUCUCCUUCCCUUUCGCCUAUAGAUAGUAAAAAUGGUGAAGAACGCUAAAGGCAGCCCUAUCACCCUCUCUAUCGGAGAUGGGGCCAACGAUGUCAGUAUGAUCCUGGAGGCACACGUUGGCAUCGGUAAGCCUCGGGACAUCGGUAGACCUCCAAAGGCAUUAGGCAGUGCCUUUUUUAUGGGGUGGCAGGUAGCUUAGUGGUUAAGAGCGUUGUGCCAGUAACCGAAAGGUCGCUGGUUCUAAUCCCCGAGCCGACUAGGUGAAAAAUCUGUCGACGUGCCCUUGAGCAAGGCACUUAACCCUAAUUGCUCCUGUAAGUCACUCUGGAUAAGAGCGUCUGCUAAAUGACUAAAAUGUAAAAUGUAAUGUAAUAUCACAUAUUGUAUUCUAAUAUUUUCCCUUGUCCUCCCUGUCUCAGGUAUAAAGGGUAGAGAGGGUCGCCAGGCGGUGAGGAACAGUGACUAUGCCAUCCCUAAGCUCAAGCACCUGAAGAAACUGUUACUGGGACACGGGCAUCUAUACUACGUCCGCAUCGCCCACCUGGUGCAAUACUUCUUCUACAAGGUAGGGGGCAGCACAGACAUUUGAGCGCCAUAACGUGCUUAUGGUAACUGAGGAUCAUGAUGAUGUCACAUCAGGUGAGGUCAAGGUUGGGUCAUUGUUUGGAGCUAUAACACCGAAACCUGUGUUGCUCCCAAACAAAGAGCAGUAGAUAUGAGGAUUAUUUGGGAGUGUGAUGUAUACAGCCAAGUCUUCUGAUGUUGAUGAAGGACAGUGAUCAAGCUCAUGUGAUUUAGCUGACACCCGGACACCAAAACUCUUCACCACCAGAGGACAUGGACAUCAGUGGAGGCUGCUGACGGGAGGACGGCUCAUAAUAAUUGCCAGAAUGGAGUGAAUGGAAUGGUUUUCAUGUGUUUGGUACCAUUCCAUUCGCUCAAUUAAACUCCAUUCCAGCCACUAUUAUGAGCCGUCCUCCCCUAAGCAGCCUCCACUGAUGUCCAUUGCCUUUUGAUGUGUCUAACCUCGGGCUCUUUCUCCCACUCUCUUGCUUACAGAACCUCUGCUUCAUCUUACCUCAGUUCUUGUACCAGUUUUUCUGUGGAUACUCCCAGCAAGUGAGUACCGGCCCGGGCCCUGCUGGUGCCCCCCCCCCUCCUCUCUCUGAGGUUCAAAGAUGCUCUAAACUUGAAACGGCAGAGUACCCCAUUGAACCGCAGCACCUUCUCCAGUCUACGCCCAUACUCUUCCCCUCUGGUUGACCUGACCCUCCCUCUCUCCUCGAUCUCCUGGAGUGGCUGCAGUAUGAUAUAUAUGACAUAUAGUACAUAUGAAAUCAAAUUCUAUUGGUCACAUACACAUAUUUAGCUAAUGUUAUUGCGGAUGUAGGGAAAUGCUUGUGUUCCUAGCUCCAACAGUGCAGUAGUAUCUAACAAUUCACAACAAUACACACAUCUAAAAGUAAAAUAAUGGAAUUAAGAAAUAUAUCAAUAUUAGGACGAGCAAUGUCGGAGUGGCAUUGACUAAAAUACAGUAUAUACAUAUUAUAUCCACAUUAUAUAUAUACUGGGUGACUAGGACAUAGUACAGCCCCUUGGUUACACCAAGUAAGUCCUGGCCAUAUUAGCCAAUGUGCCAAAUUAUUCAUUCAUUUGGCACAUGUUUAGCUCAAGCAGGAGAUGUUCCACAUUUUCACAUCCGAGUAUACACAGCUAACUUGACCUGCUCUCUCAGGUCCAUCUGUCUGUAUAUAUCAAAGGAUGGGUCUUCUGCAUGUGGCCACACAGCAACAGGCUCAAGGCUAUAGAGCCCUCUUGCUGUGGAGCUAGUGUGUGUGUGUGUGUGUGCAUGCUCUCUCCUCUCCGUAAUUAACCCCUGGGUUCCCAAUCCCUCCACUCCCUGCCCCCCUCCCUCCCUCCCGUCCUCCCCAGCCCCUCUACGACGCAGCCUAUCUGACGAUGUACAACAUCUGUUUCACCUCAAUGCCUAUCCUGGCCUACAGCCUCUUGGAGCAGCACAUCUGUAUGGAGGUCCUGAUGGACAACGCCGCCCUCUACAGGUAGGGUGGGGAACUACACUAUUCAUUCUGCACCUAUGUAGAGAAUGCACUGGCUAUGCUUCUAGUUUGAUUAGCCAAGCAAGUGCUUUCAAUUCUCGGUCUUUGUAUUCUUACGGUCUCCCCGGCCUCCCUUCCUGCCCUCUUUUCUCUCCAUCUCUCCUUUUCUCUCCUUAGGGACGUAGCAAAGAAUGCCAUGUUGCGUUGGGGCCCCUUCCUGUACUGGACCCUACUGGGGGUCUACCAGGGCCUCUUGUUCUUCUUCGGGGUCCGCUUUCUCUUUAGCAACCCCGCCUUGCAGGAUAAUGGCCAGGUGUUUGGGAAUUGGUCGUACGGAACGAUUGUUUUUACUGUCCUCGUCUUCACCGUGACGCUGAAGGUUAAGCAAAUUAUAACUUAAUUAUGUUAUUGAAAUACAUUUUUAGACCAAUGAUAACACUUGUCUUCUCUUUGUCGUUCUAGCUGGCUAUGGACACGCGCCAUUGGACAUGGAUCAAUCACUUUGUCAUCUGGGGCUCGCUGGCCUUCUACAUGUUCUUCAGCUUCUUCUGGGGUGGGAUAAUAUGGUGAGUACUGGAUCAUCUGACGCAUACAUCAAUUAGGGCUGACCCCAUUUAGUCAAUUGUUUGGUCAAGAUUUCGGUCACACCUGUCUGAUUGGCUCAUGUCUCAGUGGACUGAUCCAUUGUGGAGGCCUGUCUGAGUAGGCUGAUCCAUUGUGGAGGCCGUGGGGAUGGCACAGUCCAUCAGUCUACAACGUGCUUCUGAAAUUUUAUAUGCUUAUAUUAUUUAAGAACAAUGGUGCAACACAAAUAAAAAUAAUAUUAAUUUAUAACAAAUGCGCUAUCAGCGUUAGAGCGUGGUCGCUGUCCGUGGUUCUGAAACGCAUGAGUGCGCUGUUGAAUUGGCGCCUUUUCCUAGACCAUGUUUCUAUGUGCAUAAUAGCAAAGUUAACUAGCAUAUUGGUGUUGAGAACAAUGCAGCGGAGUUAGGAAAACAGCCCUUGUCUAAAUUGUCUAAGAAAAGUGAGGAGAGCGGAACCCCCAACUUAAUUAGGUCUAUAAUCAAUAGCCUAACUGUUAAAUGUGCCAGGCUUUAUAAAUCAUCCAGAUAUAUAAUAAUAAUAAUAUGCCAUUUAGCAGACGCUUUCAUCUACCCCACUACCCUGGCGUUACAAGCGCCGUGCUCUACCAAUUGAGCUACAGAGGGCUACAGAAAUAAUACAGAUCUUGCUUCUGUUGCCUGUUUGAGCGUUUGUUUAAUAGCCUACUGAUUCCGUGAGCACCAAGCCUCACGCAACCACGUCAGAAAAACAAUUUCACAAAUUCAGCUGUUUUUACUCCUUGCUAUACUGUGAUAAAGGCUUUACACUUUUUUUUCAUUAGACCAACCUCUGGUAUUAUUUAUAAUUUAGUUUUUACACUGUUCCAAAUUGUCUGAAAUUAUAUUUAUUAUAAUAAUAACCCUCCUUUUUCCUUGAUCUCGUUAUUAUUAUCAUCAUUAUAAUAAUAAGUAAUGUCAUAAUCAUUAGUAGGCUUGGUAUAGCAGCCUUGUGUAAAUGCCAUCGAGCUGUAGGCCUAAGAGCGCAUCUUGUUUAGUCAAUAUCGUAACUUACUUAGGGCUAUAUUUCAAUACUUAUAUAGGCUACUGUAUCAAUCAAUAAUUGAUUUGUUCAUGUCACCACACAGCAUACGAGUCAUUCAUGAUUUGAAAUGCAAACAAGCAUUUUAGUUUUAAAAUGAAAUAACAAAGCGACCAUUGAAUAAUUAACGUAAACAAGAAAUAGGCCUAAACCAUUCCAUUUUGUAAAUUGCAUUCACGAAUGAAUGCGACUGUUUUUAGUCUUUGCUGUAAUAAAGGCUUUACAACAAAACAAAAAUAGUUACAACAGACUCGCUUAUAAUUUAUUUAGUGUUUACAUUAUUCCAAACGGUCAGAACAUUUAUAUUGAUUAUGUUGUAAUCUAACAGCACCUGUUAGGCACACAUAAUAUGCACGCAGCGUUUACUCCUUACCUUUUUCUUGAUCUCCAGUAUUUUCCAAUUUGUUCUACACAUCUGACUUCCCCUUUUCCUCCUGAGCAACCAGUAAACAUUCCCUCGUUUCGAGUUUUUGUUACGUCCUCUGCAUCCAUUUUGCUUUCACAUGUGUUACGUUGUUCAGAGUUUGUUAUAACCAAUUUAUUGAUGUGGUUAUAAUAUGCUGUAGGUCCUAUUGGUGACGUGCAUGCACUGCAUACAUGUGUGAGGGUUAAGGGAAUAGGGAAUGUUUUUCCUAAACAAAUUAGGGAUUUCGGUAACAUAACUUUUCAGUCAGAAAUGGCUGUGAUUAUGUUGCAUCUUCAACAACACGGACAGCGCCAUAAACACUGUUGAUGUUCUGUGGUGGUCACUGCAGCAGGGAGGAGAGAGAGACAACGGGUGCUAGUCAGUCACUCGCUGUCUUUUUUUUUUUUUGGGGACAGCGCAGCAAGUCUGAGCCAGGCGGCACAAUCAAAUAAAUUGCAGUCGGACUCCCUCUAGUCAUUUGUCUUAAUUAUUAUAUCAAACAGUGCGCUUAAAGCGUCAGACAAGCUCAGUGCAUAUAGUUGAUUUGAUUAAAACACAUAGGAUGUGUCUAUAUAUGGAAAAAUACACGUUUUAAAAAUUUCGACCAAAAGAACAGACGACUCUUGGUUUUUUUCUUUGUCGGGGACAGCCUUAACAUCAAUCAAUGUUAGUGGUGGGCUGGAGCAAAAGCCAGGACAUCAUGUAGCACCAUGUGACUGCUUUAUUUGGACUGACCUAUGGGAAUGUUGUAAACCCUCUCCCUCCCUUAAGGCCUUUCCUUCAGCAGCAGCGUCUCUACUUUGUGUUUGCCAACAUGCUGAGCUCUGUGUCGGCCUGGCUGGUCAUCAUCCUCCUCAUCCUGCUCAGCCUGCUGCCUGAGAUCCUGCUGCUGGUCCUCCGCAAGCCCCGCGGGCCCCACUCACGACAGGUACUGUCCACACACGCACAGAUACCGUAUCGUUUUAAUGUUAAAGCAGAAAGCAACUGUUCAAAACACUUCAUAGUAGUUUUCCUGUGUUCAUAUCCUUCAUAAUUUCUACGGGCUAUAACUUGUCCUUUAUGCGUCAGUGCACUGAGGCGACGUUCAGACGUCCCUGUAUUUCUGUUUAUGGAUCAUAACCAUCUUUGUUUCAAGUUAUAAUUAAUAUUUUGUCCUUGAAAGUAGCCUUUUGUCUCCAAGAAGUCUUGGUCAUGCUUGACGGAGCCCGUUGCUCUAAACAUACAUUAAAGAGCUCCUCCAUAGCGGUCUGAUUUGUGAUGUUGAUAUGGAUGGAGAUCAGAGGAAUAAUCAAAUUUGCCCCAAUCUCCCUUCUGAGGCUAGUAUCCCCUGGUAUAGUCUGUCACUCAAUUAACUCCCCAUAACGCAAAUUAGUUUUCCUUCAAAGUAUUAGGAAUGGUGUGAUGACUCAUAAUUUGGUUAUAUGAAAUCCAUCGAUUUUGAUUUUUCAACAAAAAUAUCCCACUACAAAUGCUUAUUUUUUGUACGGCCGAUAAAUGUAAAUGUUUGACAACCUCAUAAUGAUUUUCAGAAUUUUCAUGAGACCAGAUUAAAAGGUGUCAGACACACACACUGGGUGGGGCAGCUAUUUGUGCACAAUGGAACUCAUUGUCUUUCUCUUCUGUGGUUCAAAUACAUUUUAUAAAAUAUUUAUCAAUAUUUAUAUUUAGGUUGUUUUUGCUCUCAGGUAAACAAAAAAAACUGGUUUGAUAUUACAUUAAUUCAGACCAAGAAAGGUUACAUUUAACCCACAAUACCAAUACUCUUCUAAAGGCAAGAGUCUAACCUGAUACCAUUGAGGAAAGUGGUUGAAAGCUAUAGGGUCUCGGCAAAGGCCAACACUUACCCCACCCCAGAGCUAUAUAUAUAUUUUGUUGAUGGGAGAGAGACAAUUCCUUACGAAAUGACCCGCUGUAAACAAGCAAAACAGAGCAGUGAAUUUAAGAUGUUUUUAUUGAUUAGCAUUCAACAUAAUGUGUAUCCAAGUCUGUACUGUGAUGUGAAUAAUUUCAGCCCUGCUAGAGCUGUCCCGGUCAACUGUAAGUGCUGUUAUUGUGAAGUAGAAACAUUUAGGAGCAACAACAGCUCAGCUGUGAAGUGGUAGGCCACACAAGCACACAGAAUGGGACCACCGAGUGCUGAAGCACGUAGCGCGUAAAAAUCAUCUGUCUUCGUUUGCAACACUCACUACCCAGUUCCAAACUGCCUCUGGAAGCAACCUCGGCACAAGAACUGUUCAUCGGGAGCUUCAUGAAAUGGGUUUCCAUGGCCAUGCGCAAUGCCAAGCGUCGCCUGGAGUGGUGUAAAGCUCGCCGCCAUUGGACUCUGGAGCAGUGGAAAUACGUUUUCUGCAGUGAUGAACUCUUCACCAUCUGGCAUUCUGACGGACUAAUCUGGAGGGUUAAUAUAUUAUUAAUUUGGGGGGUGAUUAUAUUUGCCCUGUUACACAGUUGUACGUUUCUUGCAUAUCCCAACUCCCCUUGAGACACCCACAGCGCCCCUGGAGAAAUUAGGGUUAAGUGCCUUGUUUAAUGGCACAGCGACAAGAGUUUUCACCAUACCGGCUCCGGUAUUCGAACCAGCAACCUUUUGGUUAAUGGCCCAACGCUCGAGGCUACCUGCCGCCCCUAAAUAUCACUAUGCCCCACCCUAACUAAAUGCUGUCUCUUUAACUCUACUUCUCUGUAUUAAUACAUUCUCUACAGUCUCGCUCUCCCUCUCUCACUUCUUCUUAUUGCCUCUUCUGUUUCUCCCUUUCUGUCCUGCCUGCUUUGCUGCAGAUCAAGCAACGGCUUCCUUCGUCGGGGACGUCCACUAUCUUCAUGCUGUCGCAGACCGCCAGUACUCACAGCUUCUCCUGGAGUGACUGAGGUCUCUCUCUGCCUGCUUUUUCCCUUUACCGCCUCUCCUCUUCACUCCUCCUUUUACCCCACUCUCCUCAUUUUACCGCUCCUCUCCUCCUUUUACCCUCUCUCACCUCCCUUUACCUUCUCUCUCCUCUCCUCCUAUCUGUCCUGUACUGCUUGUCCUUCUUCCUUUAACAUCCAGCAUCCACCCUCCCUUGAUUGACCAUUCUAGAGGUUCCUUGUUCAGUUCAUGGUGAGGUUAAAGAGACGCUACCUUUGAAGGUUCUACCACCUUCUAGACUGGGUGGUACAUUUUUGUUAUGUCAGGAUAAUUUGAGAAUGCUUAUGUAAAUGCUGGGUUGCCCAAUGCCCAGCCAUCUGUCACUUCCCCAGCAAUUGUGGUUUUUGGUUUGUUGCUGCAGCGUUGGUCCUAUGUCUUCUUCAGUAUGUCUGAGUGCAUCAGUCAUUGUGUCUUACCUGCCUGUGCUGCCACUGUGUCUACAGUCUCUGCAUGCCUGUCCAGGUGAAUGCAGCACGCAAACACAUGAGGUUAACCUGCAUGCCAGCGUGCCCCAGACUCCAGCCAACCCCAUACCCUGGACCCCACCACAACCGCAGUGGGCCACUACAGAUAUUUCUGGGUGGUUGUGUGUUGCUCUGAAUGUGUCUGUUUUUAAUCAUACCUUUUUAUAGUGAAAGUCACCAAAUGCCUCAAAGGAUAUUUGAAGUAUUUGGAUGGCUGUACCAAUAAUGUGUAUUAGUCCGUUAAGAUGGCUUUGUGUUUACUUUAAAUAACACAACAUUAAGUACAAUGAGAGCUUUCUAAAACAUUGACCCUCCUGGGUAGAGGAGAGCGAAUUCACCAAGGAGAGUGUGUGUUUAAACUACAUUACAUUGUCCACCUUCUGUCUCAAGUGUGUAUGUGUCUGUCUGUCAGCACGAGGUGCCAUUAGUGUCUCUUGCCUCACCCUUUCAGAAGAAGCUGGUGGUUCUGUCGGGCGAGGGGGAAACCCAGUCUCCCCGGUCUACAGCCAGGCCCCUGCUCAUGCAAACCUUUUCAGACGAGUCCAAUACUAUCCUAUGAACAG